UUACGGAAAUAGUCAAUCUACGAUCAAGUUAACGAUGACCUCUAACUCGAAGGAUGGUAUAACCAUACGAAUUAUGACCCAAGAGGACUAUAAAAAUGUGAAAGCUUUUAUGAAGGACGACUUUUUCACAUCCGAGCCCUUGUGCCAAGCCAGUGGCGAAACCACCGUUCACCAACAAAAUGAGAAGGAAAACGACAUAUAUCACCUCUCGAUGAUCGCUCAGGGCACCUGUUUGGUGGCUCUGGACGAGAACAACGGUGGAAGACUAGUGGGAUUUGUCCUGGCCGGAGCCCAAUAUCCCGAGGACAUCGAAAAGCAUCGCAUUGAAGCGGAUGCCAUGGAGAAGAACGUGUGGGGACGCAUUUUCGUGAUGCUCUCAAAAAUUGAACGCGAGGCCAAUCUCUUCCAGCGCUUUGGCAUUUCGAAAGUGCUCUACUCCCACAUUACCAGUGUGGAUACUUCGAUGAGGGGCAAAGGACUUGGGUCCCGACUCGCCGCUACUUUGAUGGAUGUGGGCAGAUCUAAGGGAUUCCCCGCAAUGGUGGCAUACUGUACUAGCUUUUUCUCCGCCCGCCAGAAGGAGGCCCUGGGGAUGCAGUGCAUCCAUUCCCUUACCUACGCCGACUACAAGGACGAUCAAGGUCGUCCGAUCUUCACCCCCGCUGCACCAAACACAAUGGCACGAGUUAUGGCUAUUAAACUGUGAAAUGUCAAUACAAAAUAGUUGGUACAAAAUAUAUUGAUUUAGUUUAUCUUCCCUAUA